GGGCUUUGCGUAGUACGUUCGCCAGGCUCGGCCUUCCUUUCGUCUGUCUUCCGUCUCCUUCGAGUCCUCGACCUCCCCGACGUUCUCCAGUGAGCUUUCCAGCUCAGCUCCAUCUCCAACUCAGGCAGGGAACGUCUGCAAAGCUUCAGAAAAAAUCAUGAGUGCUGUGUCAACAAUCCGCCGUCGAAACAAGUUGACGAGGAUGUCCUACAAGUUGGUGGUGAUGGGCAGUAGCAGUGUGGGCAAGAGCGCGCUGACCGUCCAGCUGGUCAAGAAUUGCUUUGUGCCUGACCACGACCCCACCAUCGAAGACUCCUACCGCACCCAGUUGAUCGUGGACGGCCAGGCCUGCCAGCUGGAUAUCCUAGACACCACUGGCAACGAGGAACUGCUGAGCCGACGCCAGCAGUUCAUGCGCUGGGGGGAGGGCUUCCUCUGUGUCUAUGCAGUAGAUGACAUCAAGUCGUUCGUGGAUGUGAACAUCUUCCGCGACCAGCUGCGCAGGAUCCGUGACGCCGACCGCAUUCCCUUCGUCCUGGUGGCCAACAAGGUCGACCUAGGUGGUGGCCAGGUAACCUCGGCACUGGGCCAGGAAGCAGCCAAAAGCUACAAGGUGCCCUUCGUGGAGACCUCGGCCCAGACCCGUCAGGGAGUGGAGCACGCCUUCCAACAGCUGGUGAGAGAGGUGCAGCGGGCCCGCGUGGAGGCACUGAGAGUCGUUCCUGAGCCCCCUAGGCGCAGCCAGAGCUGCGCCUGCACCCUCAUGUGAGCGAGUGCUGCACCCGCGAGCAAGUCUCCCCCAGCCUCCCCUGGGCCCUCCCCAGCCUUUCCCUAGCCUCCAGGCCUCCAUCUGGAUCUUUCCUUCUGUACUUCUGUUCUUCUGUGCACCCCUACCAGGAUCUCCCCAGGAGCCUUCCUGGUGGGACUCAUCAACGUUUCUCCACACAGGCUUUUUGGAUUUUUGUUUUCUGUUUGUUUUUUUUAUCUUUGAGAAGGAAUGACUACCUCACUGCUGCUGUGUCCUGACCAGUCAAGAAAAGACUCCCUCCCUCCUCCUGUCACAGCCUCCCCUGGCCACUCUGGCUGCCCAGGCCCCAGAGACAGCCAGGUCCUGGCCACUUUCUCCCCUACCAUGGUCUUCAGCAGCCUCCUCUCCCCUCCUGGGGGCUGGGAGUGGGCUUUUCUUUCUUGGGCUUUCCUUUCCACAGAAAAUCGUGCUCCCCAACAGAGCCCCCGACUCCAGACACCAGGGCACUAGUGAUUUGCCCUCCUGCCCCUGGGCUUGUUGGGGUAGUUGCCUGGGGCCAGGUCACCCCAGCCCUGGGGGUGGCCCAGAAGACCUUGUCUGAGGGGUUGGUGAGGAGCCCUGCCCUGAAGUGACCCCUUCAGUGCCCCCCCCACAAGACCAGACCCGGGGGUGAGGGGUUUGGGUCACUCACAUUGUUGACCCUUAUCCUCCACGAGCUUGUCAUCCUAAGCACUUCCCCUGGGGAGGGUGGGAGAUAGAAUGGGCCUGUCUCUUGCUGGGAGGAAGCCUUGGGUAGAAAAAUGCCAUCAGCGUGACUCCUGCUUUUAUGUUUAAAUAGAUUUGAGUUUUUUGGGAGGAUGCAGUGGCUCAGGGUUACAUGUCUAGUUAAGUGUCAAGCUAAAUGGGUCCUCCUUCUGACUUCAGGGUGAGUGCUUUAUCCACCGUGUCACCUAGCUGCCCAUUAUUGUUGGUGUGAGCUGCACUGUGUUGCCUCCAAGAUAAGUGGGGUUGGGGGGGAGCCCCUGGCUGUGAGUGAGCUCAGCAGAGACUCCCCCAGCUGCAGGUCAGGUGGGGUCUGUCCCCUUGUGACCUGGGCAUCUCUGCCACCUUGGGGGGAGUGGACAAGGGGUGGGUAGGCAACACUCCUGUUUCAGUUGAGAGGACUAAAGAUGUUAAAGCUGCCUGGUUUUGGGGGGGGAUUCAUCUCAA